GCACUGGGUCGCGCUUCCUCUUCCUCAGAGGGCAGCUGCCUCAGUCUCUCAGAGGGAGCCUGGACGGCGGAGGUGGAAGUUAGAAGUUGGAGCGCAGCCCGAGGAAGGCAGAGCGGACGGGGGCAAAGGAUAGAAGGAAGGAGGGAACCAACGGAGCUGAGGAGAGGGAAGAAGCGCUUCGGAAGAGUUGCUUCAUUUUACUGAAAAGAAUUACUUUGGCUGUUACCAGAGCUGUGCUUAACCACCUUUUUUUGGAUAAGCUGCCUUUACAUUGGAUCUGGGAUAUUCUGCCCGUUUCAUUUUUAAAGAAUUCUUACAGGUACAUUGCCUUUGGACUGCAGAGCUAAACACCCAACAGCAACCCACAGUCGAGCUGCGUACAUCAAGACAAAACCCCUGACACAGGGUCACGUCCAGAUGAAUGGAGCAGAACAAUCUGUCGCCAAAAGGAGACCCAGUUCUACUAUGACUGCCAAGGAGAGAAGGUGGGAAAAAUGUGGCUCUGGAAGUGUAUGCUGCUCUGCAAGAUGGUUCUUGUGAUUCCUGACCCAUCCAGCCUGUCCAGACCAAAUGAAAAGGUGCAUUGCUUCUCCUGAGAACCUCCAAAAGUAGUAAUUCACCUUUUAUUUAAUUAGCUGGAAUUCCCUGUAGUUUUUAAUAUGUGAAGUUGUUUUUCAGAACUAAAAAUCCAUUUCAAUUCUGGUGGUUUUCCCCCCCCCCCCCCCCCCCAAUUGGAAGAUAUUUUAGUACUCCAGGCAUGUCCUGGGAGGUGUUAGGGGCAGAAAGUGGCCCUUAGACCUGUUUUGAGCUGUCAUGAGAUACUUGGUUGGGUUGUUACAACAGACUAACCAUACCUCUCCUCAGAAAUUGAUAAUUCAUUCUGUGUAUUUUUUAUUUAUUUGUUAUUUAUUUCAAGAAUUUAUAUGUUGCCUUUCUCCCACAAUGGGAUUAAAGGUGGAUACCAGAUAGGAUCAACCAUGUGUGUAAUCCUCAUGUACUGUGAUGUCUCUGAUUUACAGAUUUAUCCCACAAAACUGCUUUCCACAAAGGAACCCCUUAAUUAAUUCUGCAGUGUCUUGUGUGGCAAAUCAUUUAAAUGAAGAAAAUCUUGAUGAAACUGCCUUAAUUUGGUGUGACAUGAGUAUUGUGAGGACUAUGUUUUUUAUUAUUGGUUUCCUAAAGGGCCAUCUGUGUGUUAUGUUUGCCAAUACUAUCUCUUCAUCAGCUGCUUGGUUUGGUCCCCAACAUUUUUCCAUGGUUAUUUAGAGAAGAGUUUGAGGAUCUCCUACAUGUAUUGUUUUUUUUUCCCCUUGAUCAUUUAAAAGAAAUGCACAACAUGAUCCUCAAGAGAACUGGGCAGUAUAUGGAUUCUGUGGAAGCUAUUCUUGAAGGGGAAACUCUUGAGGAACUUGGCUACAGGAACAUGCAUGCUUUGUGGACCGUGGACUGCACAGUCUCAUUAGGCACAAAUAAGGUUCAUGUUGGGGAGAGGUCUGAAACGCAAGCUGAGUGAUUAUGAAGAGAACAUGGCUGGUGUGUCAAGUGCCUUUGAUUCUAGUCGCAAUCUGCCAUAUCCGCUCAAAAGGCAGCUGGUGCUCAAUGUGUGCCUCGCCAAACUACAAACAUACAAGAUGCUGGUGGAACCUAACUUGCACCGCUCUGUCCUUAUAGCCAACACAGUCCGGCAAAUCCAGGAAGAGAUGAGGCAAGAAACUAGUCAGCAGCUUAUUAAUACGUGUGGUGGCCUGAGUACCAGUCCUUCCAGUUACCUGAAUUUGGAUUUGUUGGGCAUGCCUUCUCACUUUUUUCCAGGAAUGAAUCAGCAAGACUCAAAUGGUUAUGAACCACGGCCUCUGGAAGGCCCAGUUGAAAAUAGCUUGCUCAUGGUUUCUGAUAAUGACAUGUCAUCAGCCAUUUCCUCUAUUCUGAAAGAUUUGGACUUCAUGGAGGAUGUGAGUCCACCUAGUUACCUUGCUGGGUCUGGAGAUGAUCAGUUCAAGGCUUUUGAAACUUCAUGUCUGAGGUUAGAAGAUGACAGACAAGACUUGAAAGGUGUGGAAUGUGCAUUUGGAUCCUUUGAAAUUUCAAAUUCAACGAGUUACUUGAAAGACUUGGCUAUUGAUGACAUCUUUGAAGAUAUUGAUACUUCAAUGUAUGAUUCAGACUUUGACUGCCCGGCACUGGCUCCUCCAAGAGUGUUGCCUGUGGCAAGCACGGAAGAGAUCUUGAAAACCUUCCCCUGUUGCAAUUCUUCCUCAGCAAGCAACAUCCCAAUAUGUAGAAGUGAUCUUAGUGAUUUGGACCAUAUCAUGGAGAUUCUUGUAGGAUCAUGACACUUCUUAAAAACCCAAAGGUACCCUGUUCCAUGCUGCCACACAAUGCUGGUCUGAAGAUGAAACCAGAAAACAGGAGGAGACAAAAUGCAAAGUGUUGCACCAAAUAGCAGCUAGAGGCGUUAUCCUUGAGCAGUUCUCCAAAACUCAUAUAAACCAAAAAAAAGUGGCAUGCUGUCUUAUAAAAUGUAGUAUUUAUUAAAUCAGUUGUGCAAUCUUUCUUUUUUAAAAUCCUUCUGGGAUAUAGUGAGGAAUGCCCUUCACAAAAUCCUCUUUAUACCCCAAACUCUUACUUUUUAAAAUGUGCAAUUUUUAAUCUGUCUGAAGAAAUUUGAGUAACAAAAAUUUUCAUAAGAGGGGUAAACAUCUUCUGAAUUCUAAAGAUUCUAUUUUUAAUAUUUAACUAAAUUCUUCAUUGGCAUUCAGUAGAGUUGCAUACCCAAGAUUAGCAUCCCCUUUAAAUACAGAUAUAUAUUAAAAAAUAUUUAAAGGAUUACAGAUCUCUUUUGUUGAAGGAGCCAUGAAAUACUUGGCAGCAAAACCCCUCACGUUUUGUAAAAUAUUUGAAGCUAUUUAUUUUUGUAAAUUUUAUAGUCUUUUUACAUUUUACUAUCUGGGUUUAGAGAUGAAUUUCUAGUUGGAUGUGGCUGGCACUACCUCUAUAAGCAGAAAUGCUUUAACUCUUUCCAGUGCUUUGUCUAACACUGCAGAUCUUUUUGUUUUCUUGGACGGUGUUUCUGGUGGUAUAAACACAAAAUUUGCCAGCAAUAUGGCUUAUUUGUGAAAUUUUAUGAUAUUUAAUUGUAUACAUUUACAAAUGUAAUUUAUAUGUAUAUUGUCCAAUUUUAAAACUGUCAGUAUUAUGUGCAUCAAUUUUGGGUGGUAUGGGUUUUUAAAAAUCUAGUAUUUACUGUACAGUUACAACUAUUUUAACUCUGAAGAGCAUUGUAUCUUUGCAACACAGUUUUAAAUUUUAUGUGCAAUAUAUCACUUGAAUGGAAUAUUUUUGCACAUCCUGUAAAGAAAUGCAUUGAAUCAAAAUGACAAGAAAAAUGCCAGGUAAGAGUAUUUGACAUGGCUAUGUACUAGGCAUACUGGCCACUCAGCCCCCUAAGAGUUGAAUGGAACUUGUCUAAGAGCAUAGCUUUUGCCUUACACAAGUUCUUUCCAUCUGGGAGAAUUUUACCAUAAAUUGUGUGAUUCUCAUGGCUAUUUUUAUUCAUUUUUUUACACGAGGAACUGAGCAAACUUCAAAAUCGCUACACUAUUGGAUUUAGGAAUCUGCCUAGCAGCUGUGCAUUAUAACUUUGUACAAGCUGAUUUUGUCACAACUUAUGCUGGGCAUCAGUGCCUAGCAUAUGAGAAAGUUUGUUGGGAACUUCACGCCCACAAGGGAUCUUCUGCCCUAGCCUAUAUUGGACUGAAUCCUAUUGCUAGUUUCUGUUAAAACAGUCCCAUUCGAUCAGUUGUUGUAUGGUCAGUCAUCAGGUAAAUUCCAUUGAUUUAAGAGGUCUGCUUUACUUGGGACUACCAGUAGGGUCCAGCCUGUUGCAAAGGAUGGUGUUACCAAACUAAUAAGAAAUCAUGGAAAGGGAUAGCAAUAAGUAUUGCACUCUUUCCCCCAAUAAUACACAUUUAUAGUAAGUAAGCCUUCUAUGAAAGAAGAUGAGGUACAUUUUCUCAAUUAAAAUAAAGCAUUUCCAAUGGAAAUUUUUUCGUAUGAACAUAUUUCUGCAGGGGAAAUACAUUCAGCUGUAGCAAGCUUUACCUAGUAGUGCUGGUGUGAUUCCUAUUGAAACCUAGUAGCCUAGCUCUAAUUGGGAGGUGGCUUCUAACUUUGUUUGCCCACAGUACAGAGCCAUGUAGAGUACUGGAUACAGCAAAACUGGGUUGCAUGUUCUGUGACAGCUGAGUGGUUCUGGGUGAACCUGAGCCAUUGCUUUGUUCUAAUAAUAACCAUGCUAGCACCACAGGAGGGGAAUAGUCCUGAGGAGUGUGAGGCAAGUGGUUAUACGGGCAGCGGGGACAGGAGACAUGGGCUGGUAGUAGCACUGUGGAGGGCAUUGUCAAAGGGGUUUAAGCAGCCUGUCUCUGGCAUUGUAGCACUGUAAAGAAAAUGAAGUUCUCCCACUCUCA